AUGCACUUUCCGACGUCUCUCGUUGCAGCAGCCGGACUUGCACAGUCCUCGCUGGCCCUGGCCAUUCAGGACCAGAGUCCCUUGGGAGUUCAUCUCCACGGCAACUCGGACGUGACAACUGGUCGACGACCUAAUGUGAUUUUGAUCUUGACAGAUGAUCAAGAUCUGCACAUGAACUCCUUAGACUACAUGCCACUGCUUCAAAAGCACAUGGCAGACCAAGGCGCCCGAUACCAGAAGCACUUUUGCACCACUGCAAUCUGCUGUCCCGCACGUGUCUCGCUCCUCACCGGAAGACUCGCUCACAAUACUAACGUGACUGACGUCUAUCCGCCAUAUGGUGGCUACCCCAAGUUUGUGGCCAACGGCUUUAACGACGCAUACUUGCCUAUCUGGCUGCAAGCCGCGGGCUACGAUACGUACUAUACGGGAAAGCUCUUCAACGCCCACACGGUUCAGAAUUACAACAAGCCAUGGCCGAGAGGUUGGACUCAGUCAGACUUUUUACUAGACCCCUUCACGUACGCCUACUACAACUCAAGCUUCCAGCACAAUCACGACCCUCCACAAAGCUACGAGGGCCAGCACAGCGUUGACGUCCUCGCCGAGAAGUCCUACGGCUUCCUGGAGGAGGCCGCCAAAGCUGAUCGGCCCUUCUUCCUGGGCAUUGCGCCUCCCGCCCCUCACACCGAUGUAGAUUUCAACUGGGACACCGUUCGUGAUAACUCGGCUCUGCAUCUAGGAGGCAUCAACGCCACUGUCACCUUUCGCCCGCCAGUACCUGCGCACCGGCACGAGCACUUGUUUCAAGACGCUAGAAUACCCCGAACGGAAAACUUCAACCCCAAGACACCGUCGGACAGUGCUCGGUGGGUUCAGCAGCGUCCCCCAGUCUCCCCUUCGGACCUUGAGUUGUACGAUCAUUUCUAUCGGCAGCGCCUGCGGACACUGCAGUCGGUCGACGAACUUGUUGAUGGUCUGUUCGAUCGUCUAGAAAGGCUGGGCUUGCUCAACAACACCUAUGUGUUCUACACGACAGACAACGGCUUUCACAUUGGUCAGCAUCGCCUUCCUCCCGGCAAGGAAUGCGGUUUUGAGGAGGACAUCAACGUCCCACUACUUGUCCGCGGACCUGGUGUUCCUGCUGGUACUCGGACAGACGUAGUCACAACUCAUACUGAUCUGGUUCCUACUAUCCUCAAGCUGGCUGGAGCGGCUCUGCCGGAAGAUCUGGAUGGCACUGCGAUCCCACUGUCUGGACAAGACUUGUAUGAAGCGCAGGCCACGCGCCACGAACAUGUGACGAUCGAGUACUGGGGCUUCGCGAAUUACGAAGGAGGGGAGCUUGAUAUUGGGUCGCGGAUCCCUAACAACACAUAUAAGGCGGUCCGCAUCGUCAGCCCGGACUACAACCUUUACUACUCGGUAUGGUGCAGUGGUGAGCAUGAGCUCUACGAUCUCAAGACCGAUCCCUAUCAGCGUCGGAACCUUGUGUCUGUUGAGGGUAGCAAAGUUGACGGCGUGCCGCUGCAUCGCCUCAUCUCGCGUCUGGAUUCGCUCAUCAUGGUACUAAAGUCUUGCAAAGGAACGACGUGCGUGUGGCCCUGGGUUGCCCUACAUCCUCAAGGCAAUGUGCAAACUUUACAUGACGCGCUGUCGCAUCGCUUUGAUGCGUUCUACUCUUUGCAGCAGCGUGUUAGCUUCGAUCGCUGCGAGCUGGGCUACAUUAUUGACGCUGAAGGCCCGCAGUUCGAGAACGACGGUCUGGUUUACCGGAAUGGAGUCAGGGCUAGUGAGUGGGUGUGA